UUCUUCCCUGUAGCCCACUUUGUUCCCCGCCCAUGUGGCUCGUGAUGAGGCAGCUAGGAGAGAGGAGAACAAGGGGGUGAUAGAGUUCCACGUGGUGGGGAACAGUCUCAGUAAGAAGCCCUCCAAACAGACACUGGUGUGGCUAAUCGGCCUACAGAACGUCUUCUCUCACCAGCUACCCAGAAUGCCCAAAGAGUACAUCACCAGGCUCGUGUUUGAUCCGAAACACAAAUGCCUGGCCCUUCUAAAGGAUAAUAAAGUGAUAGGAGGAAUCUGCUUCCGAAUGUUCCCCCCCCAGGGGUUCACGGAGAUUGUCUUCUGUGCUGUAUCCUCUAAUGAACAAGUCAAGGGUUAUGGUACCCACAUGAUGAACCACCUAAAGGACUACCACAUCAGCCACAGUAUUCUACACUUCCUCACGUUUGCUGAUGAGUAUGCUAUAGGCUACUUCAAAAAACAGGGUUUUUCAAAGGAGAUAAAAUUAGCAAAGUCUGCCUACCUGGGGUACAUUAAAGACUAUGAAGGGGCCACACUCAUGGGUUGUGAACUGAACCCAAAGAUCUCAUAUACUAACUUCUCCAGUAUUAUACGCAAACAGAGAGAGAUUGUAAAGAAGAUAAUAGAAAGAAAACAGCAGGAGAUGCAGAAGGUGUACCCUGGACUGAAAUGUUUCAAGGAGGGAGUGAGACAGAUACCUAUAGAGAAUAUACCUGGUGUUCUUGACAGGGGGUGGAAACCUGACCCAGAUAAAAGCAAAGACCCCCCACUGGACCCAGAUCAGCUACACAAUAUUCUGAAGACUAUCAUCCAACAAGCCAGGAGCCAUGCUAGUGCCUGGCCAUUCCUAAAGCCAGUAGAGAAAUCUGAGGCUCCUGAUUAUUAUGACCAUAUUAAAUUUCCCAUGGAUCUGAAGACAAUGGCUGAGCGUUUAAAGAACCGUUACUAUUGCCACAAGAGACUGUUUAUAGCGGACAUGACCCGGAUCUUUACAAACUGUAGAUCUUAUAACAAACCUGACACAGAGUAUUACAAGUGUGCUAAUACACUAGAGAAGUUUGUCAUGGGUAAAAUGAGGGAUGCCGGACUUGUGGAAAAGUGAACUCU